AGGAAGUCAGUACAGCGGUGGAUUUAACAACUGUUGCUUUUGCUGCUGCUGCCGCUGCGGAACCACUAGCUUUGUGUCGGCGCUGCAUGGCGCAUGUCGGGCUAAAAUGAAGUCUGCUCCAUGCCGAGACAUUCAGUCUGGAUCAAUGUGCAAGUUCACGGGAUUACAUAAACUCCUACGUGUUUAAGGUAAUGAAACAGAGCGGGAGAAACCUUCGUGCAUGAAUAGGUUUCCAGGAUUUACUAAACAUUCUGUCGCUGCUUUAGUGCAACCAGUCAAUAUUAUUCGACAGAAAUAGAAUAGGGACGCUUCAGAGCUGCUGGAGGCGCAUGUCUGCGGCAAAGGCAGACAAGGAGCGUCUGUCUGAUGAAUGGAGAGCCAGACGGGCUCUGCUGUAGACUGCGGUGAUCGGAUAACCUGUUGAAUUGAAGCUGUCAGUCAGCUCCAUGCCAACACACAGCCGGCAAAAAUCACUUUACCCUGGAAACACAGCGCACUGUCACAGAGAAAACAGCAUCCCAGGCUGGCAGGUGAUGGUUAUUUUCAGAGAUGUGCUGUUGUCUGACAGGUAGACUCUCUGUCCUCACCGGUGCUGUUAAAAUAGUUCUACCACACCUUUGGACAUUAUUCUUAAUUCGGCACGGUAAUGUCACUAACAAGGAAGAAGUGUCAAAAGUCAAUUCAGGAAGGGGGAAUAAUAAGCAUUUAUUUUUGUACUAAUUAUCUGAUGUCUUGUUCUUGCAGUGGAGUGGUCACAUAGCAGUUUAACGGUACACCCCAUUAUUCCCAUUUCAAGCUCGAUUAAAGCGCGCGAGACUCUGCCCGUCAAACCUCAUGUCUCAUCUUCACAGCAGCUUUUUUAGCAUUCCCUGCCUGCCUGCCCACGGAUUUCCACUCUCUUGGUUAGUUGAAAAUAGCUUGGCUGCUCCCAGUCUCGCUAUGGCUAAUUCCUUAGGAACCGGUGGAUCCAGUUUGAUCCAUCCCUCUCUCUUUCUUUCCAUUACCAACUUGUUGAGUCUUCCCCCCUCUUGGUGUUCCUACUGUAAAAGUGCGUCGUGUUCGCCUCUGCUGAUAGACGAGAGACUUCUGAAGAAAUGUCGCAAGUUUGAAGCAAGUACAGCUCGGGACGGUUAGUGUCGUUUUUAGAGAGGAAAAGUCGACAGGACGCGCGGAGAGGAGGAUUUGACGCAGCAGCAGUCACCUGUAGGAGUCUAUAGAUGCGCUAAACUUCUCUCUGCUUUUCACAACCUGAACAAAUUGAUUCACCAUACCUUUGAUUUAACUUAAAUGUAAAAAUUCUGACUGGGAAAAGGAGUGUUUUCUUUCUGACAUAGCAUUGAUCGAUAUAGUCUUUGUAAUUUGGAUUUUUUUUUUUGUUUCCUCAAAGGGAGGUGGAGACAGUUUAGCACCCCCUACCUCAGUCCUUGACUGAAAUUACCAACCCAAUUUUGCACAGGGGAGACGCUUGAAGGUAAUGAUAUGAAUCCCUCUAUUUGUUUCACUGCACUUUCUUGAUUUGCUUUUAUGUUUCACUUUGUAUUUGUGGCAGCCAACACUUAUCUUAUGAAGAGCUACACUGUAAUACAAAAGGCAUUACAAAUUUUUGGCUGGAACCUCAGAGGGAGAACAAUUCAAAAACUCCCAGACUUGAAAUAAACUUUUUGUAGACAGGGCAUGGCUGUAUGAAGUGAGGGAAAUCUAUAGGGAAAAAUGAUAUAUGGGGCACUCUGCAGCUUUAGUAGAUGUCAAACAAUUAAAAAUUUCUGCAAUGACUCUUUUAGAUCAAGACAAAACAAGGAGCUGUGCUGUAGCAUAAGACAUAUUUUUCUGUAAAUUUGAUUCAAUGAUGAAGUUAUUUUUGAUCAUUUAAAGUCUCUAAAUUCUGAGAUAACACGUUUGAAUGCAUGAUGAAAUAAGGAUGGACUACCGUUCAUGCAUGAAAUUUCUCAAAGUUAAAAGUAACUCCAUUACAGCUUAUUAUCUUCUUGGGCAUCAAGUGUUAUAUGGAAUAGAAAAUAUUUUGAACUAGAAAUAAACAGAAAUGUAUCUCGGAACAACACGCCUCCCAUUUCACUUGAGUUAUAAAGUGGUUGAAGUUGCAUGGUCCACUCAGUAUCAGUUUUGCACAAUGUUUACAUGCAACCUGCAUUUAAUGAUGUAACAACCCGUUUCUGAGAAGCCUAUACAGCCAUAUCUGUCACUAUAGUGAUUAGGUGCUUUUUUGUCUUCUCUCUUGCCUGUGUUGAAUAGGAGGAGUGUGCCAAGCAGUUGCAUAAUUUCAGUAGAAAUAAAAGUUCACGAUCAUGUAUGAAAUAGUUACACAAGUUCUCAGAAUAAAAUGCAGAACACAGAGGCCCGGUGGCUGCUUUAGUUCUUCUUGUAUCAAGACUACAGAUUUUUUUUGUUCGUUUGUAGCUAGAGAACAUGAAACUAAAACUUCACUGUUCACUAAUUUAAAAUAGUUCACUGGGUGGUUUGCUAAAUAUAUCAGACUACUUCUCUUAUAAGAAGUGUGCACACACCAGUGUCUCAUUUGCGAUGCACAUAUGCACAGAGGAAUUCAUGCACACAUAGCUGCCUAACAGCCAUGAAUUUGCAUGUUCAUAUUAUCUCAAUCAAAAGGCUGUGUGCAGGAUUCAAGACAUUGUAUGAGUUCCUCAUCAGGGUAAUUUCUGAAGGUAAACAUCAUUUUUGUGUUUAUGUGAGUUACGGUCAAGACAACAAAUGCAUGCUCUAAACAAAAAAGAAAAUGCUGUGUUGCAGCAAUAAGUCAGUGAAGUUUCUUUUUUCCCUGCAGUACUCCCAAAGCACUUGAAAUGGAGGGUGCGGAUGGCCACUCUGCUAGUAAGUGAUUUACAUGCUGUGUUCAGUUCAUACUGACCUCUAUUCUUCACCCAGGAUUGAAUCAGCGCAGCACAUUUUGGUGUUUUUCUCUGCGUAGAUUUGCUGAUGACAGUGAUAUUGAUGGUAUUGAUUUCAGCUAUGUGCCAUGAAGUUAGAGAACACUACAAACCUAAUUUGACCGUCAUGUGUUUCUUAGCUUUUUCAUACAGCUGUUCCAAAAAUAUAAUGCAAACACAACACUAUUAAAGUUUUGAGGGAUUUUCCCCCAGCGCAGUUCUUUGUGUGUUCACAUCCUGUUGAACACAGCAGAUACUGGAUAUGCUUUUUGUGGUCCUCCAUUGCCCUUUGCUGGUUUCCUCUGGGCAGGUCUCUCGUAUUUGUCCCUGCCCCUCUUGUAUUUUGCUGUGUUUUGCAGAUCUAAAAACAGGUAGCAUGUUAUUUGUGACACCAGUGGGGAUUUUAGGUCUCCAUCGGGGGUUUGCGCUUGUAGGAACACUUGGCAGGCGGGGUUGGGGCGGUGAUGGAAGAAGAAAUGGAGGCUCUUCCUGUUCCUGUCUGGCCGUGGGUCGCUUCUGAGAUGACGCUCAAUUCCGUUAGCAUGAACCAUUGGAAAAAAUCACUGCUAAAAUAUACAUUAAGUCGGACAGCAUUAGCUUGUAUUGUCUUUGGUUAUGAACUCUGCCUUUUACAUGUGUCUAAUUUAACGAUAAAGCAAUGCUACACCCCACUUAAUCGUAGCCUCCUUGCUGAAAUGCAAAGAUUUCCCUCAGACAAAUAUACUCUUCUUUUUUAAAUAGUCCUUGUUUCUGUAGGCUGCCAUGGAAAAUUAAAAAAACAAAGUCAGUAUAACUCUGUGACAAAAAACUUGGAAUAGGGAAUUUAUUUGUUUAUACAUGUGGUGAAUUUUUGACUUGAGUAUAACAACAUCCAAAGUAAGUUAUAUUUUUUAUUAUAGAAAGAGAGAAAGAGAGAGAGGCUAAGUAUCUUACCAACGCCACAUGAGAAUACCAAUCAUGCCUAUCUUUUAUGUUUCAUGUAUAUUAUCAGAGUAAAAUGUCUAAAGUUGUGUUGCAUUCAGUGGCUGGGAAUUGCAGCUUUGCUUGUGUAAACAAGUGACUUCUAUGAUGAACUUUAACACAAAUUUGGAAAGUUUGGCAUUUGAACCAACUGCUUGGUGUCAAUGAAAUUAAGUCUAAUUGACAAACAUGUUGAUGGUUCUUGAGGAAAUCGGCCCAAUGUGAAUAAGAUACACACACACACACACACACACACACACACACACACACACACACACACACACACACACACACACACACACACACACACACACACACACAUACUAACUUACAUGAAAACAUGAGGACUACCCUAAGAAAGUGACCAAGUGGGACCUUCUGUCCUGGUCAUUAUAAAAUUAAUAAAAUUGCUUCAUUAAAGCUCUUAAAUCAUAAUAUAAUAUGAAAUCUGUUUUUUGUAUUACUUUUCGUGUAUUUCCAAAGGAGACUCAUAGGCUGGAGCCACAUUCUCACUCACUAACAAGCAAAUUUGUAAGAAUGCCAACUAUUGUACGAAAAUGUCUGCAUACUUCUCAGACUGUUAGUUGAGAAAAAUAAAACAGAAAUUGAAAAUUUGGUGAUUUUAUCAUGUCAACCAAUGUUUUUUAAAGUGACUACAAUGUUUGUUAGUCUAGUUCAAGCAGGUCUUGAUGGGUCUUGAGUAAAUAACACAGUGAACUAAAGAAAAUGGCUCAGCUGGAUCAUAGAGUUCAUACGCACACAAACAUACUUAUUUUUCAUUGUGUGGAUUAGUCCAUUAUGGUGACUUCUGUUCUGGCCACUCUAAAAAAAUAAAUAAAUAAAAACACAAAAAAGUUUAAAAAUCAAGCCUAUAAACUAUAAUGAUACUUAAAGUAGGGCUGUCAUAGCAUACUGUAAACUGUCUUUAUUAGUUUAUAAAAAGUUGUUUUUGUGCUAAAAUUGAGCAAACAGUGAUACUGUGAGUUCAUAGAGGUGGUCCUUGGCACUAGUUGCCAUAUGUCAUAUAACGGGAGAAGCGAACUGGGUUGAAGCAGCUUUGUAAGAGACGAUUAAGCACUUUUAAAAACUGAUUUCAUGAUUUUCGGAGCUUAAAUCUCUUUGAGAUGUUAUCAAUUUAAUAUCUUUACUUUCAGAAUGUCCUUCUAUUUCCUUUCAGUUCCAUAACUCACUUACAGGAAGUAGCUUGCUCUUCAAAAUAAAAGCAUAGUUUUGAAAUGUUUGGGAAAAUAAGAAAAUAAGGACAUGCUAAAAAUGUUUUUGUGAGGCAAUCUCAUCUUUUAGAAGUUUCCUUUACUUUGCCAGUGAUUUGGGUGAAUCAUGACUUUAAAAUUAUCUGCAGUAAUAAUGGACUCUUAUUAUUUACAGAUAUAUUUAUCAUGUUGCUGCACCCUAAUCUUGCUUUUUCUCAGUUUUACUUACUGUUUUUUAAAUGUCACCUUAUCCAUUUCAUAUUUUUUGGCCAUGAUAAUCAUGAUCUGAUGUCAUACCUCUAAGAAAGCUUGAGCCAUGACCCACACUCACAAACACACCACUCACAUUGUUCGCUAGCUAGCCCACACCUCAAGUCAUAUUGGACAAUAAAGUGGGCUGACUUUGUUUGAAUGCGUGUUCAUGUUCCACACGCAUUGCAGAAAUUACGAAAUCGGAAUAGCUGUGUGGGAGAUUUCUAUAACCUACUAUCAUUCACUUAGGUGUCGCCUUUGUCCAUAUAAGAUUGUGUUUGUGACUCAGAGUAGUAGUAUGAGACAUAGAAACAACUGCAUAUAUAAUGUAUAUGAUUGAUGAUAUUAGCAGUUUCAAUUUCUGAUUUACUUUGAGCUGUGCACAGAACUAUAUCAACACAAGGGCAAAUAACAGGGGCCGUCAUUGCCUCAGCCAAUCCCUGUCAUCCUACAUGAAACGUUUAUUUUUCAACUAAACAUCUUCCAUUAUCACAUGCAGUGACAGUCAUCAUUGAAAUAUUCAGAUUUUAAAACACAUGCACUAUUUACCAUCCUUUUUCUCACAUUGCUUCUUUCACCGAGGCACUUGACAGUUUUAUUCUUGUUGUAAGAUAAGAUAAGAUAAGAUAUUCCUUUAUUCGUCCCACAAGGGGAAAUUCCAUAUUGUAAAUGAAAUUGUUGUUUUUUCGUACCUUGUUUCGGCAUAGGUGGUUUGACUAAGCAUGAAACAUCUACUAAUAAUCGUAAAAAACUCAUUUCAUUACAUCUGAAGAACUCAAUAAGGUUAUGUGGAUUCAUGCGUAGGAACUACUCCCUGUAGCUGUAAAGUUCCAGCAGGUAUAUUUACAUUGUCUUUCAUUGUAGUGAACAGCAUGAACUUGGAAAUCCCAGGGUUCUCAAAUUUUGAAUUUUAAUUUCCUGUUUUUGUAUGACUGUAACUGAAUACAGUAAAUAGUUUGAAGGUUAUACCAUACACAAAAAUUCCCAUUAGUAAAUCAGUCAGACUUUAUAAAACUGAGAAAUUAUGGACAAGGUUCACCACUUGACCACAACGAAUCACUCAACAAGCAGUUGUUAAUGUUGAAAAAGAGCCAAAUUCCAACAAAAGUUGUUCAUGGAGAAUGUUACGAUUAUGCUCAUUUUUCAGAUAUUAAUUAUACCAACAUUUAUCUAUAGUCCGAAAAUUAUUAUAAAUUUAUGACUUAUUAUUUCAACAGUACUUAUAAUGCUUAUGUUAUCCAAUAAGUGUUAAGUCACGUUAGACAGUAUUAGCUUGGUUUCUCGUCUGAUUCAACUCAAAUAUAUCUAUUCACACCUUUAGAUAAUGGUAGUCGUAAUCUGUAAUAUGUAAAAAUACGCAUUACACCCUUAAAUGCUGAUCACCUUGGACAUAACUUUAUAUGUGUAGAGGAUUAAAUCCCACAAUACAACUUUAAAAAAAAUUACUCUGUUCUUUGGUCAUUCAUUUUAACCUGCUGUAAAACCUACCAAGUGUCUCUCAAUCUGACUGUUUCCCAGACAAAUUCUGUGUUGGUAUUUUUUAGCGAGGCGCAACACACCAUACUCCAUACUGAGUGUCUGCCUCUAGCAGAAUAAGAACAACAAAGACAGAGGUAUCUGACGCUGAAGGUGAGGCAAAUUACAAAUAAUGAGCUUUGUACUGUCCAGAAAUGCUUAAUUCAGACACUGUGUUUUAUCAAGGUCAAUACAAUGUGCUGUAUUUGGCUGUAUUCUUAGUGUUUUUGUACUUUUGGAGUAGUCAGUUUGUCAAAAUUUGCAUUAUUGUUCUAAUAAUAAAAAAAAUAGUCACCGCAGUCAACUCGAACACUGCUGUUAUCAAAUACAAGUAUUGAUUACUGCUCAUUGAUAUUGUGGGUAGGGUAGGGCAAAGUGGAGUACAAGCAGAUAUUCAGGAGAGUUUUAGCCUGUUAGUGUGUGAAUAUAUAAAGGCUUCAAUUUAUUAUUUGCCUUUUAAAGACAAAUCAGGCAAUUAGAGUCUUUAUCAGUAUUUCUAAGAUACUGGACUCAUAUGAAAAACCUCUCAUGAAAAGUUUGUUGUCUCUAAUGCUGCCCACUCAACAUACUGUUUAUAACUUUUGGAAUAAGAUAAAUAAAUAUUAAUGUGUUCAGAAUUUAAGUGUAUGCCUCCUACACAACAUAUCAUAUAUAUUUUUGACAGUUUCAUAUGAUUGCCUUAUUUUCCCUCCUGUGUAGAACUUUUAUUCUUUUGGGCAGUGGUGUGUGUGUGUGUGUGUGUGUGUGUGUGUGUGUGUGUGUGUGUGUGUGUGUGUGUGUGUGUGUGUGUGUGUGUGUGUGUGUGUGUGUGUGUGUGUGUGUGUGAGUGUGAUACGAAUCUGUGUCUAAAGGAAGGCUUAGGGUUUGACAGGAAAAACCAGCUUCCAAACAGUGCGUAUCCAGUAAGCCAGAAAGGAGGGCCUUGUCACUGCGGAAAAGAACCUUAUUUAGUUCCUCACACACCUAAAGGAGCUGCUGAGACAUUUCCUGUAUUUAUAAUUCUUUUUUUCAUCACAGGCAGGCAGCUCAGCCUGACCCUGGUUUAAUUUAGAUUCAUUAUCAUUAAAUACGCUUCCUUACCAUUUGUAAUUGGCUCAUGCUAUCUUUUCAACAGCUUUUAAAAGCAGAAAUUGCAUUGACCCAUGUUAGAUCCCCGAGAGGAUGAGUGUUCUUUAGAAACUAUGUGAUUAUGUGACUUCACUGAUGAAGUCAGCAUUUAUAACACCUAUGGUAGGUUACGCAUGAACACAUUUGUUCCUUUCCAUUAGUCAGCACAUUCAAUUAUGCCAAUUUGGAGUAUUACUGAAAAUAUACUUAACAUGUGUUCCCCCUGCAAGCAUUCUGAUCUGACUAUACUCAGAGGACUCAGCAUGCACAGACAUCCCUCCAUGCAUGCAUGUGUUUGUGGUUCCCUGAUUAAUAAUGGCUAAAGACCAAAAUAUAUUCUUUUCACAAAUCUUAAACUUCUGAAGUCCUUAUCUGAAUAAUUAUUGAAAUACAGAUUACCUCAUCAGCUGCAUUAACUCUUUAUGUGAUAUACUUCUGUAUCUGAGCCCAUUUGAUUAUUUACUUGCUAGUGUAUUAGCUUUCUGACCAGGACAGCCCCAAACUGCAUUUAGUGAUUCAGACAACUUAGCCUAGGUGCUGCUAGGCAGCUGUCAGCGUCUGCUACAGUAAUGGAAAAUCCUUCAUGACAAAUCUGGGCCACUCCUGUCUCCAGGACAGCAUUGCCAAGGGAUAGCCAAUGUUGGUUACCUGAGAUUUCCUCCAACCCCAGCCGAUGCAACCCGAGCCCAGGCCCAGGGAUUGUGUCAUGGACAAUGUCUCCCAGUAUGCUUCACUCAGUGGGGCCGCCACUACAAUGGAACAAUACCACAGAAGAGGUUGUCAGACUAAGAGGAGCUGUCACAGCAAGAGAAGAUCUGACACAGAUUUCUUUUUCAUGUAUGAGGAAUCAUUAUAGCCAUAUUCAGCUCUGACAAAUUGUAACAUGGCCUUCCUUGUCGCGGUUUCUGAUGCAGCAUGUUGCCUGUCCCUUUGAUUUUAAAAGAAACUUCCCUGGCUUCUGUGAUCACUUCAUCCAUUUGAAAAGGUUUCAGCUGUCUUGUAGAAUCAAAUCUAACUCUUUCAUUGCUAUUAGCUGAAGGCUAACCUUUAAUAGUUCUCCUACUGAAUGAUGGCUCACUGUGGUUCCUGAGGGAUCUGACACCUGGGUCAGCAGGGGUGUUUGCCUGUUGCCACUGUAUUGUUCCAGUGACCCUGACAGAGCUGGGGUGUAAGGGGAUAAGGGAUUGGUUUGCUCUCCCUCAGAGUGGACACAGGGCUAUCCAUAGCCCGGGUUCUGUGCAGAUUGCUGAGAGGAUGCAAUCGGAUCCACAAUUGCUGGACAUAAGGGGAACAUAUAGGUGUAUAGAGACUGUGUAAAGAGUCGCCUUUUGCUUUCAGUAAGUUGACCUCCAUAGUGACCAAUCAGGUUGGACUCAAUAGGAAAUGAAGAGGGGAUGAAAUAAAUACCGAACAGAGAGGGAAGAACUUGAACAAGGCUUUUGUAUAAUGUGUUUUUUUCUUUACCAAGUAGCCUAUUUAUUUACACAUUAUAAGAGCAAAUACAUCAGGAAAAAUCUCUGCUUAGGUAUUAAAAUCAUCCCUAUUUGUUUCUUGCUUGUGUGUGAUUUUACACUGAAAAGUACUUUGUGGCAUUAAAGCAUUUGAUUGUAUUUAUUUUACCUCUGAAAUCUUGUACAACACAGUGAAAGCAGCUCUGUUUCUGUUUGUCUCCCAGGUAACGGCCAAUGCUCUCCUGGUAAGGAGAACUCGAGAAUGUUGGCGGAUAUGUCAACACCUAAUGGACAGGCGGUUCCUCAGGGUCCUAACUCCCCAAGUGGUGAGUGCUCUAUCAAUAGACACAUUUUUGCAUGCUGCCAACAACAACUGCAGCAUUCACAGCUUCCCCUUUUAGGAAAAAUGCCAUUAUCUGCCAGUAAAUGACAUGAUUCUUAUCUUUGUAGUUUGUUUGAUGAAAUUCAACACUUUUACAAUGAGAACCUUCUGAGGAAAGACAGACUACAUUAUUUCCCUUUCACUGCUGGCCUUUACCAUACGUCAGAAAGCUUGGGGAUGUGUAAAGUCUGGAUUAGUUGCAAAAACAGCUUACUUUCAUCUUUACAGUAUCUUGAAUCUCAGAAGACUUGGGUGUUAACUGUUUACCUUUCACAAGAGUUGCAUUAACAGGAGUAAACGACAACACCUCCACCUCUUAAAUCAUGUUGUGUAGACCUAUAUAAAGGAGGGAAAACAUGCCAAAACUCUGCCUGUCUGAAUGCUUCAUAGAAAAGUGAUUAUGUUUAUCAGUUUAAAGAUGGAGAUGACUUGGUAAAACCCCAUGACAAAACAUGUGCUACAGUGCAGCAGCUUACAAAUGCGCAAACUCUGCAAAGUCUUACAUUAUCUCAACAUCUAUUGCCUGUUCCCUAGAACAGGCAAUACAGACUUCAGAUACUAAGCCAACAGCUUUCUAAUAUAGAAAUUUGACUCAAAAGAUGGAAUAAGUUAAACAAAGCCUUCAAAUUAAGCACAGGUGGCAGUCACAACCAAUGCUUGUAUAUCAUGUAAAUUCACAUCUGACAACUGCAGAGAAAUCAGGAGAGGAGAAAAAAUUCAUGAAUCUUCAUCUUUAUGAUUUUAACACAGCAACAUUGCUUUUCAAGGGGCUCUGUCACACAGUGUUAGUUUCUGUCUACUUUUAUUGUGAAGUUUUCCUUGGUUCUUCAGCUGUGCAAAGCCCACAAAGGAAGAUGUGCUGAAGAGCUCAGAUUCCUGUUAGUUUGAACUUAUUUUCAUAGUAGUGAGAUACUCAGGAAUGAGUUUGUGAUAAAGUAUUAGACUUUUUAUGUGCUUAACCAUAACCAAUCAGUCUUUAUAUAUAAUGCUAAUUCAUACCAGAUGUUAUCCCAAAAUGCUUUACAAAGAGAGCUGGUUUUAACCAUGUAAAGACCCAAUGCAAAGAUAGGAUGAAAUUGAGUCCCAUCCUCUAAGAUCAAACUCACUCUGAUCGCAUCUUAAUCCACCAUGGCUGUAAUGCUUUGCAGAAGUUACAGUUGAAAAACUUUUCAACAGGCAGAAACCUCGAGCAGGACCAGAUUCAUGUUAGACAGUCAUCUGCCACUGCUGUACAAAGAUUAGAGGGGAAGGCAGAGUUAUAAUUAACUAUGCAGCAGCUAACAUUAGCUUUGUAACAGAUAAACAUAGAGAGACAGACAGAUUCUAAUAAGUUAGCAUAAGUGUAACCUAGUUUUUUAGUCUCCUGGAAAAGUAAUAGCCUACUGUAAUGUGUUGACAUGAAUUAAAUCACACCAAUUUAUUAUAGGUGAGGUGCUACUCUAACAGAAUUACGUUUAAAUGAAGUCCAGUCUCAGCUUUACUGAAAACAGCGUACAAAACAGCCUGUUUGGAAACAGAUUUAGUGAGAAAACAAUAUGGUAAUCAGGCAUGAUUAUUGCAACAGUGAGUAGCAGAAGUUUCAAGCGGUGUCAUUUCAAUAAAAAAAGGCCUGAAUGCAACUCGUGCUCAGUUGCCCUUACUUAGAAAUGUUGCUUGCUUCCUUUCAGCCCUUUUGAUCUUGUGUGUCAAAUUAGCUUAAGCAAUGUCACUGUGAAGCAGCAGAAAAAGAAAAGGGGAAACUGAGUGAGAAGAGGGAGAAAAAGGGAAGCAAGUCUCCCACAGGUUUAGAGCUACAGGGAGGCAGGCAGGGCCAUGGUUUUCACAGGGAGAUACUCUUCACCGAUAAGAGCUGUUGUCAUUGCUGAAGUUGCCCAACAUGAUUUGCUAUUUGAGGUUUUGUUACAAAAGAAGAGCUGCAUCACAUCAUCUGCAUGAAACUCUCAGGCUGAAACACCAACUGUACAGCAGUCGUCUGGGUAUUGUGGACUCUGGUAAUAAAAGGGCGAAGAGUAGAAUUACAUCCUUUGGGCAUUAGGUGACAGUCUGAGUGUUGAGAAUGAUGGAAUAUUGCCUUCAUAACGAUGUGGUGCUUUUGGACAGACUUGUUGUAACCAAUGGGGAUCUUUUACUUUCAUUUUCUUUAUUGAAUAUAGGUGAUAGAAAGAAAGAGCAGAAUUUACUGUGGUUUAUCCAGAGGAGGGGAGAUGUACCAAAACUGCAUCUCCAGAGACAGAUGUAAAGAUGCAUAGAGCUGAGUAGCAAGGACGUUCAGGUCUGCUCCGUGUUGCCAGGAUACAGCAGAUGAAGACAAGGCUCAACGGCUUUGUGGGUAUGGGGAUAAGUGUUUCUUCUGUACAAACUGUGGCAUUGGAAACAUACAGCAUCAGUUUUAAGAUUGCUGUUGCUUAACAGAUUGGUAUAAAGGAAUUAUCACUUGAAUUUUCAAAUUUCUUUGACAAGCCUUGGAGUGCAAGCAGCUCCAAAGCCUGAGGGGACACUUGAUGGAUGCAUUCACAUGGAAGGCUUUGUAAAACAAUCUCAUAUGCUCACACAGUGAUUAUUACCACGGUAAUUCCCUGAACAGGAUCAUCAGGAUCAGUAAGUUUGCUUGGGAGGUGUUCAGACUUUUUCCACACUUUGUCUAAAGCCCCUUUCACAACAGUUAAAGUGAGAGCAGGGUGUCAGUUCAGUCCUCAUUGCACUGGUCCAGUGAGAGUUCCCUUGCCUGGACAUGUUAUCCCAUCUCUCUCCAGUCGUCCUGUCAAGUUAUGGCAAAAGCCCAAAAUAAGGAAAAAAACAGAGUUUAAGUCAAAGCAGUCUAAUGCAGGAUUGUAUUCACACAUGCUUCAUAUAUGAAUGCAAAUGGUUGAAUCUGUCACCAAAACUUUACCUCGACUUUUGCCGCCAGCCUAAAACAAAAUUUUGGCAAGGAUCAUAAUGAGCCAAAAUGUGAGAUUGAUGACGGUUGUAUCACCAGGGUACUAUGAAGCUUUUUAUACUCUUUUCUACUUUCUAGUAUGAUCUUCCCCAUGAUUUCAUUUGUGAAAAUGCUCAAUCAUUAUCAACAGCUGAAAUCAUGUGUAACGUUGGACUAAUUGUUUCGGACAUCUUCAAUACCAUCUUACAUGCCCCCUCGCCCUGAUUGAAAUAUUUCAGAGGCUGGCUGUUCUACAAACGAUUUAAUUAUUUUCAAGAGUGCAUAUGCAAAAAAAAGAAAGACUCCCAUGUAAUUGUUGCAAAAAACCCUUUGUCUAUUGUUGAUAAAUGUAGAUUAACUGUAUGACAAAGAAGGUCAAGUAAUGUGUCAGCAUUGCAACAACUAAAGCACUGUGUCCCUGCAAUGGCAAAAUACUUUUUUUUUUCCUUCUAGGCCAAAGCCUUCUUUUUGUCAAAGCUCAAUCAAAUUGAUUUACAUUAACUAUAUGUUUGUCUUAAACGUUUACAAAUUUUAAUACAAAUUAUCUGCUUUAUUUUUCUUUAUAUACACACAAUUAAAAUUCUGAAUGGUAUUAAAAUGUUUUGCAUAAAAGAGCAAUGGAUGUUCUUAUUUUACACUAAAAUGCUUUUUUGUGGUCCUGUGCAAAACAUAAGGAUCAUGCCCAUGACCUUUCUCACCAAUGAUAUAGCCCCAUUCUCCAAAACAGAUUUGAGAAGUUUACUGUAUCUCUGUUUGACUGAGCAGCCAAACAAAGUGCUCAUUCAGACACAAAUGUAAGUGAAAGAAAUCAGGUGUUGCCAUGUCCGUCCGUUGUGUAUUUCUCCUCUCUGGAUCAUUAUUUCGCUGCAAUAGUUGUGAUACUCGUGCAUAAUUGGUUACUAAUUACUGCUGACUGACUUUAAACUAGAGACUGCAGGUGGUGAAUAGUUUCCCGCCAUUAACACCCACCCACACAUACUCAUGCUUGCGCACAUGAACAAUUAUACAAUCUCUCACCCUUGUCAUCCAGCCGGUCUCCCAUUGCCUGUCAGGCGUUCUAAGCUACAGGGCCUCUGACACUCCCUUUCUCCCCAGGGACAGCCAGGAACCAGACCAGCCUGUUUCUUGUCUUUCUCUCUCACUCUUGUAUCUAUGCGUCAGUCCAUCCCGAUGCUGUUUUCAACUAACUAGGACUUCAUAUGGUGCCUCAUGUAGUCAUGCUAUUCCUAUACUACCAUUGUUACGAGAAAUGCCUCUGAUGUUUCCUCAAUUUGGUUAUCAGUGUAUACAAGUGUAUCGUCUAUGUACAUCUUAUUCUACAAUGUAUUAUCUUGUAUCAUCAGAGUUUAUUGCCUCUUAGCUGCUACUUUAAGCACAGUGAAACUGCAACCAGCAUAAAUGUAUAAUGAUUUCCAGUGACAGUUUUAGUUCUGCUUAAAUUUAUAGGGGUUGCGCCAUUUCCACCAAGAGUGAGUAUUCUCUAAUGAGCUUUGCAUGUCAACUCAUUUUACCCGUAACCCACCCAAUUUAUCCAAAGACAAACCAGAUAAAGGGCAUUUCAAACUCGUCCUCUUUUCACCAUCUUAACCCAAACUUUGGUUAUUUGCAUUGUCUGUACUGUUGCACUGAUUUCUGCCAGUGCUCCAUAAAGUCGUGAAUAAUCUAGCAUGCCUUAAAUCCUCUGUCAUUUGAUUCUCGUACCUCAAGCUGUGUAAAGAAGCCUUGCUUUCCAUGUGUUUUACAGAAGUGACAAUUAAGCAAGAGGAAGACACUGCAGAGGAGGCUGACAACAGAAGCCCGGCACUUGAAGAAAUAGGCCAAACAGGGGAGGAAGGAGACACACUCGAGGAAGCCAUGACUGACAGCCCAAACAACACACAGGAUGGAUUAUCAGGAUCAAAUGUGACAGCUGAUUCGGGAAAUCGACAACCAAAUGGUACUGAUUGAGAUAUUUACAUAUGCCCCUAAAAGCUUGUUAGGCCUCAGGAAAGCUUUCCAGUAAAGCUUUUUUUUUCAUGAGUUUAUUUAGGUUUCAGAAUCCUCUCAGGAUAUUUAUCUGUCUGACAUUAAAUAACAGUGAGGUAUGUUUGUCUUCCCAUCUUGAGGGUGACUCAGAAAUCAUUUGUUUCUGUGAGAGUGGGUGUGGAGUGUGUUCUGGUUUUUGUUUGGUUAUUUUUGUUCAAAGACAAAAGCUUAGACAAGGAAUUAUUAUCAGGGAAAAAAUAUCCUUGGAAUCCUCCGCAACCUGUUCCAACUGACGCCAUUACUGCUUUAGUUGUCUCAGCGUCAGGAUCGUAUUUCUGUUUUCCAACUGGCUGAAGAUCAGAAGAUUUGCUUUCAAAACGGAAGACAGUAGCUGUAAAAUCCUGUAAAAUCUAAGAGUACUGAACUGCCUCAUUCAUCAUAAGAUAAGAUUCACAGUGCUCUUUAUGCAGACUAUGGACACACAUAUAAAACUACUUUCCUGUAGGAAGUGAUUGGCAUUCAGAAAUAGUUCAUGAUAACAAUUUUAUUAAAGUGACUUUAGGUUACAGUGAAGUUAACCUCUCACUCAGUGUAGUUUUGUCAUGAUUGAAAUGACUAUACUUUAGAUUAACAAAAAAGAAGAGGAAUCUAGAUGAUUAAAAGAAAAAAACAAGGACCAGGUGUUGGUUUUUAAGUUGUCAUUAAUUAUUAUUGCUGUCAGGAAUAUUAUUGGCCUUAUCAACAUCUUGAUUCUAAAGCAGGCAUUAAGAGUUUCUGCACAAGGGUGACAAACUCUGUGUUCUGUUGCUGAAACUUUAAAGGUCAAUGAGUUCAUUUAUAGAAAAAAAUAUACUUUGAGGGUUGUUGGUACGUUCUAAAAACAUCUUCCACUGUGACUGUGGUUUUGACUUCCUGUAUCUGCCUCUAUCAGGUGACAGGCCAUUCCAGUGCAACCAGUGUGGUGUCUCGUUCACCCAGAAGGGAAAUCUGCUGCGACACAUUAAGCUGCACACGGGAGAAAAACCCUUCAAAUGCCCCUUCUGCAACUAUGCCUGCCGGCGGCGCGAUGCUCUCACUGGUCAUCUGCGCACACACGCUGGUAAGGCUCCUUUCUUUCCCUGUACUCAUGCACUCCUGAUGCUGAGAAGACACUCCAUUUCUUACAAAAGAAGUGUUUCAGAAAUAAAAACAAUGAGUAAAUUAAAAACACUUCAAAUGUUGGGAUUAAGUAUGUCUAUGGCUUAUCCCUUUGAAAAAGAGAGAGGACCAUUCCCACUGCUAUUUGUCUGUACCUAAUCCUCCAGGUCUGCACCUGGGAUUACAAAAAACCUUAAAAGCAUAAUGUACUAAUCAGCAAUCUCAUGACUACAAUACACUUUUAAAAGCCAAAGUUAAUGUUUGGCUUUAAUACCUUUACUGAGAAGAUAAGAUGGUCGGAUGACCUGCAGUUAAGGGCCACAGGUUGAAAUAGGACCCAUCUACAAAUAGAGGUGUGCAGAUUCCUCAAAACCGAACAAUUCCUGCAUUUAUAAAUCACAUAUAUGAGACCCCUAUAAAGAUAAAGAGUGUUUUGAAUGUGCAAAACAUGGAUAUGGUCUAAAGUUGUUAGAGAUUAGCCAAACGAAUCUUUGUAGGUUGCUACAAUGUGCACUCUUGUGAGUCAAAUCAACCAUCCCUCUAAAUGUGGUCAAUAAUGCAAAACAUUAACAGUUAAUCUAAUCACAAUAGAUGAGUUUGAAAAAAGCGAGUACCAACCUAUAUACAUCUGCAACAGAGUUAUUAGCUAUAAAGGUCAAUAUUAUGUUUUCUUCUUACCAGGCCGUGAAACAGGUUCAUUUCCACUAAUAAAAAGACAUUUUAACAUGGAGCAUAAAGGGGUUUCAUUCAUUCAUAAAGGCAGCUCCAAGUGGGCACCCAAGGAACAGCAGUCUUUUGCACUCACGUAUUAAGUUUAUUUUUCCAUAUUGGUGGUUAUCAUUUUUAUAUUAACAGUCUUUCAAAUGAGUAGAAUUAUUAAAAAGAAGAAAAAAACACCUACAGGCCUGUGAGAACCUUGAAUCUGUUGGUGAGUAUUUUUCCCUAUGUGGGUUUGUGUGACUUCAGUGUCCUCUUUGAGAACCAGCAGAGCCACAGCAGCCUCAGUGGCCUUGUGCUGUUUGCCGACUCUCUGUCUUCCAUUGUUGCUGGAUAGAAGCGGUGGUGUUUUUAUAGAUGCAUGAUAUAGACAGUGCUGUGAAUGCUUUGUGGUUAGACACCAAGGACAUGCUGUUCCUCGGUUGCUACUGUCGCUAAGGAGGAAGCUAUCUGUCUGUUGAGAGACACAUGGGGAGCGCUGGUUGUCUCCCUCAACUGUAACCCACUUUGCUAUCACAGAGGAUGCACUCCCCCUUCAUAUGCACCUUUGAAAUCAAGGUCAGACAAUACCAUCAGAGCUGCCUGUGAUGUCCCAACAUGGUUUACUCAUACAGGGCCCUCUUUUUUGAUAGGGGGAAUGUGUGUGUGUGUGUGUGUGUUUGUCACUUAGUUAUGUUCUGUCUGUCUACUUUGUCAUGACAUCCCCUGGGUACUGGGAUGCUCUGUCUGCACCUUGUAAAUCUAGAUUGGUGUACCCCCCUAAAGAACAGGUGUAACCAAAAUAAGAAAUAAAGCUUUCCAUUGGAUCAGGGGGGGUUCCAGAAGGGUGUGAUGGGGCAUGGGCACCCCUUUGAAAUCUGAUUGGUGCUGUAGUUGUUAGUGGUUGAAAUUGUGAAUGGGGAUAUGUGUCUUUUUUUGAAAGUUUUAUGCUUUUUAGGACAAAUUUAAUGUUCAAAUAGGACUUUUUCUUUUGAUGAGAGACACAGUUGCGCAGGAAAGGCACAGAUUCGAGAAUAGAGGUGAGGAUUUAACAUCCUGUAAGACAGACAGUGUUAAAUUUGAUCAGGUUCCUUUAUAUUAUCCAAAUGCAAUCACUCAAGUGAGUCUUGCAAAGUGUGCAAAGUGUGUAUCAUUUGCAUGAGUAAGAAUAGCAGCUGAAAGGUGGAUUCAUCAGGUUCAUCCAUCAUGUGCACAGAGCUGUGUGUGGGCGGUGUAUAAAUACGAAAAAAGUAAUGAAGUCUGUUGUGAAUGUGGGUAAGAAAGUGAGUUAUUAAGAACAAGAGAGUGAUUAUUGACUGAAUACUGCCCACUGCAUCGUUUCCAGUACAGCUGCAAAGACAAUUAUUUCCGUUACGAGUCUUUAUCUAGAACUUACUCCUUUCCUUCCCAAAAUAAUAUUCAGAAAUGACCCAGCAGAAACGCCAACACUUGCUUAGACAAUAGUGAAACCUGUCAACAUUCACCAGCACCACCUUUUUGUGUCUGCUCAUACUAGGAAGCAGGCAGUAAUGAAGCCUAGACCACAAGAAUACUAAAUGACAGAUACAGCAGAAAAUGUCUGAUUAUUACACAUGAUUCACUGAAAAAGAAGCUUCCUGCUGAUGUAAGAUUAGCCAUGACUAACCAUCUGAUUCGGUCACAAAUUGGUUCGAUUUCACUAACACGAGCAGAAGAUCAAGGAAAAGCUAAUGUUUACACCCAAAGAAAUAUUUUCAUAUCUCUUCAAGGCACAUACCGAAAAAAGGAGAAACCCAACAUCUCAUUCUGUGGGAGAAAAAGUCCCUAAGUUCACGUGUGGCCUGUAGCCUACCUCAUAAUGAGUGUGUGUAUGUGUAAUAUAUGUGUUACAGCACUAGACUGAAACAUGUCUGGUUCUCACAGAGACAGGAGCACAGGAUCAUCUGUACACAUCCUCGAGUAAUAGCUGUCACUAUUACAGCCACAAAUGUUAGGCUGCAUCUAUUUGCUAAUGCUGCUGUCUGGGUCACAUCGGUGGGCUUAUGCGGCCUCCAGUUUACUCACAGAGUCUCUUUAUGAGUCAUUACAUUAGUUUUCAGAGUACUCUGUCAGACCCAUUUCCUCAGCAGUCCCUUUCUGAGAAGCACUUUCAGUAUUUAGUGCAAUGAAACAAAAACAUUUUUUUAAUUUAACUUUAAUGUCAAAAAGGACUGAAGGCUAAUUUGUACAGAGGUGGAAAAAAAGCUGCCCUCACAAGCUUUGGCCUGUAACAGCCACUGCAUUCAUAUACAAAUAGAAAAAAUGCCCUGGUUACCGAUUAAUGGGCCAAUAUAUUUUUUUUUUUUAUGAAGUUUUGAAAUUCUGUUAAUCUGAGUAUAUCUACAUAUUUACUUUUUUGUUUAACAAAUGGCUGCUUUUGAGCCCGUCAAACACUUCAAUGAAUUAAAAGCAGAAAACUCAUUUAAAAUCCUAUUUAUUGCUAAAACAACUAAAAAAAAGAGGUAUUUUGUACAAGCAAACAUUUAAGUUAACUUCCAACUCUUUUGCUCAUCAUCCUCAUCCCUCGAAUCCCUCAAAACAAACAAUGAGAAAACAACCGCAAAAGAAUGAGGUAUUUAGUAACAUAAGAACAAUAUUAAUAUAACAAUCACAAACCAGAAAAGCGUCUUCAACCACCACAUUUCAGUGUUUCCAUUUUGUUGUGUUGCUUUUCAAAGCUGAAAGAAUAUAUACACAAGAAUAAACCAUCUGUAUGUUAUUGGUUUAAGUAGGUAUGAUUGGUACUAGAGGCAGAAUAAAAUUAAAGGUUGAUUGCUAGUUCACACACUUUAUACCACCCCCUGCAUAUUUCAGCACCCUAGAUCGGCCACAAAACACAUAUUUAAUCAAAAUUGUCAUUAUUUAGUGCAUUGAUUUUUUCACUAACACAAUGAUCUGAGCAUUGAUUCUCACAACUCAGUCACAGAGAAACUAGUUAGAUGGGGGCACAGGGUAAGUCUUCAUUGUUCCACUUUUUUCUGUCGGAAGAAACUGAAUGAAACAGAAAUGAAUCAGAUUCCACCUCCGUAAAGUUUAUCAUUGGACUAAGUUUCCUAACUACUUACUCCAGUGUCAGUAGGAGUAGUCGAGUCUCAGAACACCAAAGGUUUGUUGAAUACAGACUUCAUUGUGCAACUCUUUCCGUGCCCACAUUUUACUUCGUGUCUGGAAUCCUCAUACUAGUAGUGGAAUAUCCAUGACCUCAGAGGCUGGUUCACUUCUACUACUGACUUCUACUACUACGCUCUGCAGCACUAUCUCAUCAAGACACUACCUACUCACUGUGUCUGCGCAGCUGUGAAUGAAACUAAUAUGCUCCUGUUUAAUGUCUUCAUUUUUAGUUGGCAAACCACAUAAGUGCAACUACUGUGGGCGGAGCUAUAAACAGCGCACUUCUUUAGAGGAACACAAAGAGCGCUGCCAUAGUUACCUGCAGGGGAUGGGUCUGGAUCCGGCCGCCAACACCGGCCCUUACACAGGUAAGGGUAAACAUACGACUGAAUCCAUGAAAAUGAAGGUGAACUCAUGCAUGACACGAAACAGAAAACAGUGACAAAUGUUUGUGAAUCUUAUUUGCACUUUAUAAACUCUUCAAAUUAUUACAACUGUGAAAUAAUGAAGACAUAUUUCAUCUUAAAAGAAAAGUGUAAGAGUGCAAACAUAGUCUUAAACAUGCUAUCUAUCUAUCUAUCUAUCUAUGUUUUUUUUUUUUGUUUGUUUGUUACAGAUUUUUUACUGAGUUUAUUUCUGGGUCAUUUCUUCCACUUUUAAAACCGUCUUUAAUAGAGACAUCCUUAUUUUUAAAUAUGCAUCUGUUUUGACUUUGACCUUUAGAAAUUCUUAUCAGUAAAGUCAUCUAUUUAUUCAUUGUAGACGAUACAUCGUUCAUGAAUGUAUUUGGACAGUUCAAGAGAUGCAGUGGAGCUGAGAAUGAGGUUUAAAUUAGUGGUGAAUAUAAAAAAAAACAAAAUUCCUAUUUCAAUUUCAUUUUCAGAUAACAAAGAAAGUCAUCUCUUUAUUUCAGCAGCUUUACUUUCCAGUGUGUGGGAGUCUGUCUUUCCACAAACUUAUUUGUCGCUGUGGUCUGACAUUUUUUCUGACCUACUUCCUAAACUUUUUAAGGUGACGUUCCCAAAGAGUCCAGGCCCAUGGCAGAAGCCAACAGCAUUGGGACUUUUGAUCGGCCGCCUGUUAUUGAAAGGCUGCACAACAACGUGGGCAAGAGAAAGAGCACCACGCCACAGAAAUUUGUAGGUGGGUUAUCCAAAUCCAGCCAGAGAGUAAAUGUUUUUUUGACUGUUUCUUUCAUCAUUCACUGUAAAUAUAUGAAUCAUAAUAAAGGUAAUUUAUCCAAGCAGACGCUGAAACAAAUGCUCUGAUUGCCACUAUGUGAUACUUGUUUGCUUCUGUUUUCACUUUUCUCAAUUUGGUUUUAUUUGCCGCACUAUUAAAAAAAAAAGGAGACUAAGCAAACCAGAGCAUGCGGUUGACUGAAAGGCAAGGAAAUGUUUUUCACUUUGUGGUUAGGUACACCUGUAACUCUACCAUAGCUUAUCGAGAGAAAACAGCUCACCGCAUCCUUGUUCAACAGGGGUUAAACACUGAAGUAGUAGAUGGAUGGGGCUUUCCACCCCAUUAGAUGUGUGCAUGCAGAACAUAAUGUACAAAAUAUGAAAAACUUUGCCCAAAAUAUUGACAAUAAUAACUACUCACAACAUGUAUGAAGUCAAACCGAGCUCAGAUCUGCAAGCAUUCAAUUCAAGCCAAAGACAAGACCUUUUUUUUUUUCUUUUUUUCCCUCCUGCCCGUCACUGAAUUUAAACUGACUCAUCUUUGUGUCUGUUCAAAAUGGCAUUGACAUUUAAAUCUUCCAAGUCUAUCCAUUUAUGAUGUUUAUCUACUCCAUACAGGUGAAAAGAUGGUACGCUACAGCUACCCUGAAUUAGGCUAUGAGAUGGGUUUGAAGUAUGAGAAGCAGGCUGAAUUGAUGCCGCCUCAUCUAAUGGACCAGGCCAUCAGCAACGCCAUGUCAUACCUGGGAUCUGACACUCUCCGGCCCAUGCUACACCAUCCAGGUCCCCCUCUCUCCAUGGCAGAGGUGGUGCCGAUGGUCAAUCCUCUUUUCCACCAUGUCCUCCCCAUAAGCCAACGAACAGAGCGUUCAGGAAACUGUGAAACGCUUAUGCCACAGCCCCAUGACUUCCCCAGCCAUCCCAUCACAAAUGGGCCCACUGCUUUAGCCCGGCAUGGUAAACCCAACCACCCACGGCAAGAUGAAUCUCCCAGCCACAGUGGACUUGACUCUGCUGACUCAGCUCGCAGCAGCCCUCAGGAAAGGCAGGGCUACCACGGGGUGCCUCAAGGUGUAAGGUCUCGAGCCAGUCCAGCAGUGGUCUAUUCAGGGGAGCGAGGGUCAGAAGCGUCUCCGAGAAGCGGGGCAGGGAUUGGACCUGGGAUCAUGCGGAUGGCUGCUGAGAAACCAAUUAGCCAGGAAGGAGUGCGGGUUUUGGGACAAGAAGGCCAGGAGUUGCGGGCCUUCCAAUGUGAGCACUGUCGGGUGCUCUUCCUCGACCAUGUCAUGUACACCAUCCACAUGGGCUGCCAUGGAUACAGAGAUCCACUGGAGUGCAACAUUUGUGGUCACCGCAGCAAAGACCGCUAUGAGUUUUCCUCCCACAUAGUCCGCGGUGAACACACCUUCCAGUAGACGGAUGAAAAGGAAAUUAGCUGAAGGCAAUGAAAGGAAAGGAGCAAUAGCCUGAGAUCCGUCCUUGUCCCCAGACCUCUGAGACUGCACGGUUGAAUAGCACUGUUGAGAAGUGUAGCACAAUCAUGGCAUAAACUUCUUUUUAAGCUACUUUGUGAAUAUGAACAGUUGAACAAUCAUAUGAAGGUACGGGCCAAAGACACAUUUUCUACGUAUUUAAAUAAGAGUAAUGCAGAGGAAGGAAGGUAAGAUUUUAUGUUCUUGAAUUGCAUAACAGAGCAGCUGUAAGACGACUUUGACUAGUUUUCUUUUGAGUCUUGUUAGGAAAGGUCUACUUUUGUGCUUAUUCCAUUGACAUGUAUUUCCUACCUACUUUUUUAUUCUUAAAGAUCUUAAUUAAAGCAAACUAAUAUUAGAAACAAUCCUGCCUUGUGGGGCCAAAUGCAACUGAUCAACCAAGAACUUCAGGUAUUCUUUGUAUUUUUUUUUUCUUUUCUUUUUGAAUGAAACUGGACUAUUGGUUGAUUCAUUGAUGAAAACAUUAGCAUAAUAGCAUAUCUUACUGUGUUUGUUAGAUUUGGGACAUUGCCGUGGCCCAUAAUGAAUAACAGUUUUAAAUCAUGAAGUCCUUUGAUAGCAUUUUUUGAGCUGGAAGAAACUCAGAGUCCAUUUAUAUUUAAACUUUGGAUUAGCGGUGAAGUUUUUGCCCACUUUCUAUUAGUUCUAAAGUUUUGAGUUGUGCUAUCCUCAUCUUUAGCAUUUAGCUGACUAAGGUCGCUUUCACACCUGACCAAGCGGACUCGGUUUGACUGGGGAGCUGAAAGUCACAACAUUGUUGCAUUUAUCACUUGUUUCAGUUCUGCUUUCACACUGUGAUUUCUAAAGCACACCAAACUUUCCGAGCAGCAUCACGUGGUUGAAAGGGGCGCUCGUCAAUUCAAAGUAUACAGUAUAAGAGGGGUAUGUAACCUCACGGAUUACAAACAGGGUUGGACUAGCCAUCUUGUAUCGUGCUUCGUCACAUUAUUUUAUGGAACGCUACAUCGUUAGUGAACGCAACUGUUCCCAUAAUGCUAUUGUAGCUUGUCAGGGAUUGAUCCUGUUAUUUGUCUAACUUUGAUGAUCUAACAUGUGACAACAUAUGAGCUCAGAGUUUAAGGACUGUGACAGUUGGUAGCUGUGAUUUCAUUUUGUUUAAAUAUGCCAAAUUGGGAAUUUAUGAGUUAUUGUUGUUCAGACAAUUGAGCUAAGCUAGCUAGCAACUGCUAAUGUCAGCGGCCGCCGUGCUUCCUCUACCCAAGAUGCACUGCGUAUAGCGUCAUUACGUACAUUUGGUCUUGUGAGCUUUCAUACUGUAUACAAACCAAACCAGGGUUCACUUACAAGCGAACCGAGACCCACGUUUUCAGGCGGACCAGAGUUCGCUUGUUUGGUCCGCACCAGAGUUCGAGUGAGCUUUCACACCUGCCCAAACGAAGCGGACUAUCCGAGGAAACGAACUCUGGUCCGUUUAAAGUGGACCAAACAGCUUUGGUGUGAAAGCGACCUAAGUCUGAACCAGUGACCCCCAACAACCGAUACAACAUCAAAUACAUUUUCUGGGACUUUUGCAUUUUAUUUAAUUUUUGAAAAGGUAAAUAACAGAAGUGCAUAAAAAGAAAUCAAAAAGGGAAGCCGAGUCCUGGGUGGCAAGUAAAUGUUCAAUUACCGGAAAUAGAAAUUAGCUUUGCAGGUCACUUUGUCACUAUUAAUAGCUCACAAAUUUUGCUAACUAUUACUGGUUGCUAAUUUUACUGAUAAAAAUCUAGAAAAAAAAAGAUCUACUGCUAGCUCUGUGCAAAAGCUACUAUGUCAGUAAAUUGCAGAAAACUACCUCUUAACAUCUGCUUAGUAGUGUUUAUCUGAUGUGAAAGCCUCUAUUAAGAAAAUCUGAAGACUGCAGACUAAAACUUAACCCAGAGUAACAAGGCAGCUCUGCUCAGAGCCAGGGCAGGGCUAGCUAGCUGAUCGCAGUUUGAGUUCCUGUUUUAAAUCAUCCAUGUUUUCAGUUUACAAGGUUUAACUGACAGAGUUCACCUAGUUUCUGUGGUUAGUUGCGAGUAAAAGCACAUGCUUCAAAUUCAGUCCCUUGAAUAUUUAUGAUGCCGGUUGAGAAAAAUAAUAUUUCAAAAGGACUGUAUUGAUCCAACUUCAGUUUAUUUUGUUGGGUAUCCCAUAUAUUUAAAGUUUUCCAGUACAAGUUUUUCAGUGUGCAGAUAUGACAAUUGUUUUAUUUGAUUGGAAAAAUAACAGAAAGGCAUUCACUUCAGUAAUUAGUAUUUCCAGUGCAAUUAUAUCAAAGUUAAUACAUGAAAAAUUUCUAAUCAACUGGUGUCAGACUCCAAUGGUCUUCAACUCUUCUAAAAUAGACACUCAGACAAUUUGGAAAUCUUUUGUAUUUCUGUCCCAUGAAAGUGCAUUUGUGAGAGAUUCAUUCUUUUCAAAGUUGUCAGCAUCGUUCACUUUUUACUAAAAAGGCAGAGGUACGAAGUAUCAUGGGCCAAAAUCACAAUGAAAGGAAAAGAAGGAAAUCUAAUCUAAUCUAAUGGUUUUUGUCAGCCCUGUCAUCCAAUAAAGGUCAGCAAAAGUUGGCCAUCUUUUUCUCCUUUUCUUUCUUCUUCUCUAUGCUGCCAAGCUAAUGCAUUCCCAACACAAAUAAUUGGCAAUCCCAUUGUCCCUGAUUGCUCUUUUAGAUUUGCUGGAUGCUGGUGAUUCAUGGUUGUUGCUCACAGUUUGAGGACAGCUUUGAGUAUCAGAGUUUGUGUGAAUCUGGCAGAAAUGCACUGUGAUACCCCAUGAUGUCAUCGGAGAGGCCAAAGUUCAGGAAAUGAUACCUGGCUGGAGUCUGAUGAUUUUGAGAAUGUAAAGCAGCAUAGAGAGAGAAUCAGAUAUAGCAUUGAUAAACAUUAGAUUACCUGAUGUCCCAGUCCACUUUAUGGUUUAGUUUGCUGUCUUGCUUUUGUGCAUGGUAGCCGUCAAAACUUCAUGUCAAUCUCCUCUUAAAGUUAUUCGUAGUUGAGAUUCAAGAGAGAUUUUUGGUGUCUAAGGUAGGAAUUUAUCAGGCCAGUUUUACUAUUGUCAAACAGAUCUUGUUUGAACUAACUCACUUAUUUUCUGCACCUCACAACACAAUCUCAACCUCGAGCAUGCUCUCUCUCUCUCUCUCUCUCUCUCUCUCUCUCUCUCUCUCUCUCUCUCUCUCUCUCUCUCACACACACACACACACACACGCACACACACACACACACACACACACACAUGUUUUUCAUGCUUGAGCCAGCAGCAAAAGGAAAGAAGAAGAAGCGAGUUUAUCCCGUCGUAGUACUGCUCUGCUCUGAAAGCACUUCUUUAAACUGUAGCAUUGCAAGUCACCUCUGAGAACAUGCUUAACUUGUGUAUGCAAAUUUCAAACUGAGAGUAGAAAACAGACCGCUGUCCACCUCUGAAUUUAUCAUUCCAUUGUUUAUAGUGUGUUGAAGGAAAAAAAAAGGCUUAUUGCUGCUUUUUCAUUGCUGUCCCUCUCUGUUGAAGGACUUCGAUAAGACUGUUCAGACUAUACAGUUGGCCCUGCACUUUAUGUCCUAAUUUUUUAGGUUGGUUUUAUAGUUGAAAUUAAUGUUUAGUCAAGGUAAAGGUGGAAAUCAAGGAUCACUUUUUUUCUCUUGUAGUGUAUAUUGAAGCCCAAGAUAUUAGGGAGGAGGGGUUUCUACGCUGCCUGAUGACCAUGCUUUUUAUGUCAGCAGCACCCACAGAAAAUUUGACAUUACUGGUUUCAUACUGGUCAUUAAAGGAGGAUUUUCUGAGGUUUAACUCUGUGGUUUACUUUUCUGUGUCUACUUGUGAUCAAAAGGCAGCUUUUCUCUGUUUACAUGUCACUCCAUUUACAUGCACCUGGUGCCCAGCUAGCAUAAAAAAACUUAUUGUCUGUAAUGUAUCAGCGCUGGAAGUUGUUUACACCUCACAGCUGUGAUGUUGACUCUAUACAUUCCCCUGUUAUUCCUGUACAUAUGUUCAUUAUCGGAAGCCUUAUCUGUUCAGACACGGGUCCUGUCAAAACAGCAAACCUUCUCAGUCUGAUGAUAAUUUAAAAAUAUAUCUAUAUAUUUUGAUUUUAUCUUAAAGAACCUCUUUAAUGAGAUAAAAAUAUAAAAUAAGGCGCAGUAUAUGACAGGAUAUUUUCAAACAAAUGUAUUUUCUUUUCAUUUCCUCAACUAAUUUUUGGGACACAGACGUAUAUAUUUUUCUUGAUCUUCUAACAACGUUGUGAAAAGGACAGCCUUACUUGUACACAAAUUCUCCAAAUGAAGCAGCAGCCAUACAAACAAAAAAAGUAUGAAAAGAAAAAAAAAAGGUCUUCUGUCUGUCCUCCUGAUAAAAAAGGAGUUUACUUGAAAUCAGAAUCAUAGCUAUGAUACCACAUGAUGGGGAUUUUUGUUCUGUUUUUGUAAACUUUGAAAAUGUGUCUGCUAAAUGUCUAUUUUUCUGCUAAAGUAUCAAUCCAAAUAGUUUUGUGAACUCUCUUUGUGUGUGCGUGUUUCUUUUUUUUGAAGUUUAAAAAAAAUGUUUACAGAAAAUGUAAAGGCUGGGCUCAGGUGAAAUGUAUUUUUUAAGAAAUAAUAUAUGAAAGGUGUAUAUUUUGGCACUGAACAUUGGACUAAUCCAGAGAUGUGUGAGGAUUGAUCAUCUAUGAUAUUGACAGGGACUUUUCAGUGAGAGGGCUCUCAGGUAUUUGCAUAGCUUAUGUAUUUUUAUGUCCUAAAACAUGUGAUUUAUUUAUCAAAAGAGACGCACAGUCGUUAAAAAUUUCUGGAAAUUUCUCCUGACUUUUAUGAAUCUAAAACAAAAAAAACGUGGUGAAGGAAGUUAGAGGAAUGUUCAGCCCUGAUUUAGAUGUCAAUGGAUUUAAAUGAAGACACACUGCUGUGAAGAACACAAUGUAUAUUUUUGAGGCAUGGGUUUCUCUCUAUUAAAAAGUUCAUUCGACUGCCUUGGCUGUGGUUUCUUAUUUCAUCGUUCUGAGGCAUGGAAACUGUCUUACCCGAGUGUGUAAGCCUAUUUAAAGUUUUCAGCUUUUAGUUUGGUAUAAUUUUGGCACCCCCCGUAGACAAAGUGUCUCACCUUUCUCGCCUUAUCUUCUUUUACUGAUCUUCUUGCAUACGUUGGGUUUUCUGAUGAAAAAUCUCGUGGAGGGUCAGACCCCUCACUUUAAAAACACUGCUCUUGUCUGCUGCUGUUUAGUUCAGAGAAAGCUCCCCAGCUAGUCUGUACAAUGUCAACAAAUUAUGUCAGUGUACCUAUUUUCCCAUUGAGACUUACUCCUAUUUUCUGGACAUGAAUAAUGAGAGGAAUAGAUAUGGGUACUGCUUGAUAUCAAAGUAAAGCCAAACUUGUUCAGGUUCAGAGACGUAAGAAGCUCCUGUGAUUUCUUUUUCUGAAAGUUUCCGUCUUCAUGUAAAGAAUCAAAGUCAGAUUUUUAGAAAUUUUGCAUACAGCUCGACUGAUGACACGACCGUGAAGACAGCUUUAGCCGCAGUUUGCGAUAUAAUGACUGCUGUUUGUUCUCCGCCAUUCUUUGUCUAACAGGUGGGCGCCAGAGCCUGUCGAAGCCUCUAAAUGUCAGAGCAGUCUUCUUCACCCCCUUGUUUUUUUUAAUCUACAAACACACACUCUCACUCACACACACAUUUUCUGAACAAAAACACAGAAAUCAAAGCUGCCUGAAGGCGGUAGCAAAAGCGAGAAGUGUAAAGCCUGAGCAGACCCCAAACUGUAUCUUUUCAUCUUCAGAUCCUUCUAUUUACCUGCGUGCCAGUUGAUUGUUUGUUCCUUUUUAGAUCACAUCUCAGUUUGACUCAUACUUAAAAUGCAGGAGUGAUACACCUGAAACUCACUCUGUGGCGCUCCCCUGAAAGAAAGCUAUUUGUUAGACCCUGAAAACAAUUUUAAGAGAACAUUUACUUUUAAUUACAGUUCUCAUUUUGAGUAAUAAUUACUGCAUUUCUUUGAUCCAGCUUUUUUCUGGAGUUGAAGAAAAUGGAAGCUUUUAUUCAAAAUGAAAAGGACUCUAGUAACUGACAGCUGUUCGACGGUUAAGGACAAAAUUAAUUCUUAUAAAUUGUUAAGAAAGAAUGUUUUCUUUGUGCAGAGACCAGACAUGUCUCUCUGGGGCAGAGGAAAGUAUUAAAUUGAUGUAUUUCUUUCCCUCGCCCAAGGCCAAAUGACAACUACAAUCAAUAAUGUCAGCUGCAGCCCGGGGUUCAGGUGAGGAUAUUAUCGACUUUGGACAGCCUUCUUUACCGACCACAAUGCAGGAAACAGGCAGAGUUUGUCAAAUGUCAUAAAAAUAUUGUUAUAUCAAGAUGAAGUCAUUACCAGUUUGAGUGUCCAGAUGUGGAGCAAAGACUCUGAUCUAUUGGACAGUGAGGAACUUUCAGUUUGUGUUACUUUUGCCCCCACCCCCCAGCUCCAACCAGUUUCCUCUUUGACCCGUGCCUUUACAUUUGUUAGCAGUGUUUUUGAAGAAAAAUCUUACCCUGCGUUAUUUGAACAGAAAGUUGUGUCACUCAUCAAUAAUCUUCAGCAUAUUUUAGACACAAUAACAUGAUAUAUAAUUUAAAAAUGAACAAGAAUACUCAGUCUUCAUGCAGAUGGUUUUGUUUGCUUUUGUGGGUCUUAAAUGGUCUUCAUUUUUAAUUUUAUAUAGUUUUAAUGAACAAAUAAAAACUUCUCACAUGAACUGUUUAUAAAACUGCCCAUGCGAGGCUUUUUGUGUUUUAAAGCUCCUGUAUACAUUUUUUUUUUUUUAUUGCACCAUCAUUCGACAAAUUAAUAGUUUUUCUCUUUUAAUUAAUGUGGUCCUGUACAUGAGAAAGUAAUGUCUCCUUAUGUAGGAUGUUUUCCUUUCCUGUCAAGCAUUUCACUCACAGUGAAUUACUUAUUUACAGACACUAUUAAUAUUUUUGUCGCUGAUGGUCUUAUUUGCCCCCCAAGGUCAGAUAGAGGCAUCAGUAUCAAUUUUAAUUUGUUACACAACUAGCUAAAAAGUCCUCACAGGAGUUUUAAUAUUAUUAUUGGCAUUUCCUUCAUACUGAAUUAUAAAGAGCCUGGGAGUUGACAUAAACUUUUUUUUUAUUCACUCAUUUAGUAUCUUGCACAUGCAUUCUAGUGUCUUUUUUUUAGAUUGCAGGUGCGAUUUGACUGUUGGUUAAUAAACAAAAUCACUUCCUGCAAGUCAGAAUAUUGCCAAUGGCAAAGUCGCUGUGCUUAAAAGAUCCCGAUGAGGCGUCUCCUACUCAAAACAAUACCAAAUGUGGCAAAGCUAUAAAGUAUUGAUUUGUCCAUGUCAGUGUCCUUCUUGUCUUACAAAUAAGGCGCGCGGAGGAUUAUUUACAAAAAUACAUGCACAAAAUACAAAUAAAAUGCACGUAUGAGAUACGUAUCGCACAUGCAAAUUAAAAAAAAAAAAAAAGUUCAUGUCACCUCCUGGGCUCCGUACAAUUAUCUCUUUUUAUCUUAAUUAUCUCUCCAUCCUGUCACCUGACUGUGUUAAAUACACAGUCAGUGUUGAUUCUGGCUGGCCAGAUCAUUCCUGUGGUUUCAGAUCAAUGCACUCAAGGUGGAAUUCCAGUGAGUCUCUCAUCUGCUUGUUGACAGCAACACAAAAAAACAUUUACAUUACAUUUACAUUUUUACAUUACCAUAAACUUGGUAAACAUUGAGGCAAAAACUUUUGUUUCAGUUAGUAUAUAAAAUUGGUAGCUUAAUAAAAAAAAACAUCAUUAUGCAUUUAUCUUGGAUCCUCUGCUGCAAUCCAGGUAUCGACAGCCGAGCUAUAGCAACUGGAUCUUUCAGUCACAGAUUGCUAGCCGUCCUGAACCUGGAGAAGUAGAGAUACUUGAAACACUGUGAAAAGCUGUUUAACAAAAGGAGGCGGGGCUAAGCGAAGACAAGAAUCAACAUCAAUAUUCUUACAAUCCUGUCUAAAUGCUGUUCACCUGUUCUCACCAGGGUCCUGCUCAUCUUAUUUUGCAUCAUGUAUUUGCACUAUGAGUCGGGUUCUGAUGGAAUUGCUACCUGCUAGAUGGAAGUUUUGAGUUCACUAUAUCCCCAAAAGUUACAAAAAUCUUACUUAAAGAGACUUUUUGUUGGUGCAGACAUUCCUCGAAAAAACUCACAUUAGUGUUUGAAAUAUUUGCAGCAGUAAAGUUUUGGAGUUGGGGUAACAAACCACAUCAGGUUUUAUAUUUUAAAACAAAACAGGACUCCUAAAUGUGUCCUACACGUUAGAGAACCUAAGACUGUGAAUCAGAAAGAUAGCAUUACAGGAAGAUACUGUCACUGCUAGCAUAAUGCAAAAUAUAUAAUGGUUCUGUCCAAAGUGGAUGUUUUUUUAUUUUUUUUAUUUACUUUUUUUCUCUCUCUUUGUUGUUGUUUUUUCUCUUAGUGAGGCAAGGCUGAGGCAGCUCUGCGGUUCUGGUUGCAAGACUUCCUCUGUCGGGUUCCACUGCCCAUGCCUCUCCAUCUGCAGACUGUGUUAGAUAAUAAGAGCAAACAGGGUGAGGAAAGCCAGAGAAGCUGCAGACAUCCACACAGUCCCAUUGUGCAACCUCAGGUCGACACAAAACUCACCACAAUUUGGCACUUCAGCAAACAAUUGUUCUACACCGUGAACAUCUUCCGUUGUGUCUCACGUGUGAAAAGCCUCAAAUCAUCACUGUUAGUGGUUCAAAUGUACUAAUAUCAAGGUUCAAACAUCAUAUAAUCAUAAUAUCAAAGUUAAGGACAUCUUUAAUUUGACAUUUAAUUUUUUUGAGCACGUGUCUUUUGUGUUUGCAACAAGUGGCACAGCCAGUCCUCUGGGUUUCAGGUUACAGAGCAGUGAGCUGUGCAGUUCCAGAUCUUUUUCAGCCGAGAGAGAAUCCACGACUAGGUUGUGCAAUCAUCUGGCGACAAGUCCCAUUCCUGUUUUUCCUGCCAGGUAAUGGUGGAUGUUUGGACUGGCCUUUUAAAGCCUCACACACCAGCAAAGACAUGCAUACACACCCACUCUGUUUCAGUUACACACCCAGAUUUGACAAGAUAGUUGGGCUGCACAGAAAUGUGCUAUCACUUACACUAGCUUUGCUAAAGUAAAGCUGCCAAAAACUUUUCAUUUCGUGCAAAAAUAUACAUAUUUGGAAGUUACAUUGCACGUGAUUUCUACUUUUGCACUCAGCUGUAAAUAAAGAUGCUGCUUUAGCAUUUUGAGACCAAGCUUUUCUUGACAUCUCGUGCACAGACACCAUAAUGCAUGCGAGGAAAACUGGUGUCAACUGCAAAGGCCUCUGUGUAACGUCGGGCAGGUUUGUGGUCAGAGUGCUUAAAAAGAGCGAGGUCGCAAUUUUCAUGUGGCGAGGAAGUAGGACUGUGGGGGAACUUCCACUUUCCUUCCUCCGCUUAGCCGCGCUGUGCAGCCAUGUCUAGAGGAGCAGCAUGCACGAGAGAUAAAGACCAGUGGAGAGAAAUGCAGAAGAGUGUGCAAAUAAAAAGAAAGAGUUUGAAGCUCACUUUCACCCUGGGAAAGGUGGCAGGAAAGUCAAAACAGGAGAAAGAAAGAGAAAGCAAAACUAGCAGGAGGGCAAGUUUGGAGGGGCUAGUGGUAAAAUAGAGAAACAGAGAGAGAGAGAGAGAGAGAGGGAUGAAUGCACAGGAAGAUAGAGAACGUGACAGAAAGAGCGAAAGUGGGGUUUUGUAGAGCAUUUUGCACCUGUUGAUCAGCGUGAAGAGUGAAAAAAAUAAAAGAGUUCACUGGGAAGCCAGCUACAGUUUGAGGGCUGUCAUGCAGCACUGGGUUUGUUGUAGGAGCCUGACACAGGGAUGAUGUGGGGAUACAUGCACCGGUGGUUUGACAGAAAUGGAUGCACAGCUGCAAAGAGCUGAACUGAAAACAGGAAAUAAAUGUGAACACAAAACCUGCCUUUUCUUUUUUUAUUCUAAAAAGAGAAGGAAGUUUUCUUAUUUGAGCCAUUAAGCAUUUAUAACACCUGCCAUAUCCCCCUCAAAUCAUCUCAAUGAUUCACUUUUUUUGUCUUUUUCAGCUGCUUUUCUUUUCCACAGAACAUAUUAUCACUUUUCAGGGGAAGGACCUAAAAGGGGUCGACAGAAGGAGCCAUGUUCAAAAAUGAUCACAAGUGAUUUAAAGGGCAACCACAUAUACUGUAAACCAAAGUGCAAAAGUAAAUGUCAGCCCUUUGAGUUAUUCCAUUUGCAUCACAUUCUCAGCAGCUGAAUGUGGGCCGGGGACUCACAGCCUGUUCGCCCCUCCCUGUAUCCGUGUCUUUCUGCUCUCUAUCAUCAGAAUACAUCACAUCAAACUACACUCACUGUCCCACCUGAAUAAUCCUGUUCUCAUUUUGACAUAGCUCUACCACUCAGACUGAAAUCUGUCUUUGAAUUAUGGCCCAUGUUUCGUCUGCUUUGUAGUAAAAGUACGUUUCACUGUCUGUGGGGUCACACUUUAGUUUGCUUUUACCACUCUUCUGAGAGGCUGGGACAGUCCUGUUACUCAGAGUGAAGAGUCAUCACUGCUGGUAAUCCCACAGCUAUGAUGUAUGUCACUUCUCAUAUGAGAGACAGCAUGAAGUGACAGGUGAAUCAAAAAUGUAUCCAUGAUGGUGCGAUCAUUGAGCUCUGAAUUUGUCAAAGUACGGAAAUGAAUGUUCCAGUUUCAGUGAUAGAAAAAUAAAAAAUAUAAAUUUUAAAUGCAAAAACAGAAUGACAGUGUCUCUUUCUGGAGAUAAGUUUGCACUUUUGAGCUGAGAAGCAGCUGUUAUGGACUCAGUAUUUCACACAUUUAGCUUAUCUUGCACUUCAGGGGAAAAGGGACCAAGAAAGUCAAGACGAAAACAGUUUUUGUGAGCGCUCUUUGGCACGUUUCUCACCUUUAGAUUUGCAAAUGUCAGCACAUCUCUUGUGGUUGUCGGCUCUUCGGUCAAGAACACAGUGGAGGGAGCUGAUGGAUAGACUGACAUGCAUAUAACAAGGCCGCUUCUUGCAGAGAGACUAUUAAAAAUUAAACUAUGUGCUGAAUAGACCAAACCAAACCAAACCAAACGCAUUUUUCCUUCAACGUAUAGAAUUUGCUUCUAUGAAAUGCAGUUUCCUGUAUCUGUAUACACUUUUUGACAACUUUUUCAAACCUUUGUGUGAAUCAUAUCCAUCAUUCUCCCUUACUAAGAGUGUUCCUGCGUAUAAACACAAAUCUCCCAAUGUGGAUAAUUUGACAUGAAUAAAACCAAAAAGACUGGGAUCAUGUGAAUUCAUAUCAAACAUAAAUAAGCUGCUCUCUGUUAUCAGAGUUCAGUUUCUUCUUCUUCAGUGUGAUUGUAUGUCAGAAUAUUUAACAAGCCUCAAAAGUCAAUAGCAUUAAUUAUCUCAAACAGUGGUAGUAAAGUACUUCCUCGGUACAGUCCCUCAGAGCAGUGAGGCUGAAAAAAAUGCUGGAAAAUCCGCCUGAAACCAAUAAAUGAUCUUUGUCUGAUGCUGUCUUGCUGGUUAAACUGGUUUAUAAGUCAGGCUAAUGCUUACUUCUCGCUCCAUUUGUUUUCAGUUACAGAAAUCUGAGGCCUGUUUGUGUCUCCUCAAAGUGGCUCUGAGUUGUUUGGGCUUCGAAAUGAGCUUUCAUUGAGAAAGUAACCAUCUGAAACAGGACAAGGUAGUCUUAUAGUCAACACACAGUGGAGGUCUCUGAAUCUCAUUUCUUGGGAAAAGCUGUGGGGCUGUUGUCAUCCAUGCUGACUGAACAGAACAUCAGAUCGUGUAAAAACUUAAGAUUUAUGGAGCUAGUUUACCUUCACAAGUGGUUGGGGAUUCAUGAAGUGUCCUUUGAGUUUAGGCUAAAUACAGUAUCUUCUAACAGCCUGGAAACAGAAGUAGGAAGUUUAAGAAGUUUGAGCUCCAAGAUUUUUAAAAUAUCCUCGUACACCCCAUGUUCUCCAUACUAACAAGAAUGGAAAAUUAUCCCUCCAUAGGGAUAUUUAUACAUAUUACUAAUUGAAAAUGUGUGUACAUUUAGCCAUGCCUUAAAGAUCUUGACUUCUAAUGCUGUUUUUUUGCUCUAUUUUGUACACAUUUGGAAAAAGCUGUCUACUCCGUAGCUCAAUAAGAGAUUAAGAGUUCUCAUCCAAGCAUUAUCUCAUUUACAUUCAGUUGCAAAAUGUUUCUGUCCACCCACACAUACAAGGAGACACUGUAUACAUGUACCAGUGAGACAGUGUGUGUGUGUUGUCUGUGUUUGCAGUGACUGUGUCUGUAUGCUGCUCCAGCGCCUCUGUCCUGCUGCCAUCCAGUGGACACUUAUUGUAAUCAAACACUGAGAACUGAACUGAACAAGUUUCUCUGCUGAGAUUUACAUUUAUAGGAACAAAGUUUUUUAAACACAACCAGAGUUAUUCUCGGUUGCUGUGUAAGUUUCUUUCUUUUCUUUGAUGCAUGUUUACAGACUCGGAAAUGUGACAGGUGAGAGAUUUGCUAAGAAGCUAAGAAUUGUCUGAGUGGUUAGAAGGGUUAUGCCCCAUGUACAUAAACAUCCACUUUUGGCACAUUAUCAUAGCUCCCAAGAGAAAUUUUUGAUUUGUCCUUAUUUUGGCGCCACCCUGUGGACAAAGCAGUCCUCUCUUAUCUUGUCCUUAACAUGUUUCAGUAGUGUUCCCUGACAAAGUUCUCAUCUGCUGACUUUAGACAGUCAAAUCCAACAUUUAUUGAGGAAAGUUUAUGUAGAAAAUGUAAAAACAGGCCAGUUUCUACAGCAGCUCAGCUAACACACCCCACACUUGUUUGAGGCAUCAACAAUUACAACCACAGACACAUCAUCAAUCAUACCCCUGGUUGUUUCAUUUGCUUUUAUUUACUAUAAAAGGCACCACUAUGAAUUUCAGUCUAUUCCAUCACUGUCAAAAAAACUCCUUACAGAAGCUUUAAGAAGUUAAAGCUGUGAAGUCAUAGUUAUUUUGUUUUAGUACUUUUGUUUUUACCACUGAAUGUUUGCCUCUUUCCAAUGUGCAUCAAAAGUUCAGCUUUUGACAGACGCUCAACUUUGAUCACUCAAAUUUUUUUUCCAUCUGCCUUUACAGAAGUUUAUUUUGGUGUGAUAUGUCAGGUUUUAGAUUGUCUAAAGCCUGAAGAAACUUCACAAUAUGUCAACACAUGACAGAAGAUUCAUAAAACCAGACUUCUACUGAACACAUAAUGUGUUUAUGUGAAUGUAAAGGUUCUGUGAUAGUAAAUUAACCCCUUUAUGGUCUUUAAAGAACAAGCUCUUUCUUGCAAAUCUAUUUAGAAAAUUGCAGACAAACUACUUCCCGUAACUGAUUAUUAUUUAUUAAUUUUUCGUCAUUAUAAUUGGAAAAAAAAAAGGGGGGGGGGGGUUACCGCCUGUCUAGCUGAGCUGGCAGUGGCUUUAACAACUCCUCUCCCUUAUGUAAAAACCCUUCAUAUAAAGAAACAGCAGAUGCCGUUUCAUUAACACACCUGGUGGGUUUGCUGGUUUGAAUAAAAAGACUUGUCUCAAUUGAAAACGUGGGUGAGUUGGCACUGCAAAGACAUCCUCACAUAUUAUCUAUUUUAAAAGUCUCAACUUCAUAAGUUGAAUCCAAACACAACAAAAGCCUUUAACAUUCAAUGGACAAGCAAGCAGUCUUUGUUUUUAACAGUCACAGAAUAUACAAACAUGAUUUGGCUUAAUACUCUUUUACAACAACAAAAAAGAGUAUUAUGACUGACAUAAAAAAAUGCCUUUUACCUUCUGAGUAGCAGUAAUGACACCUCCACCUCCAUCCUGUAGAUGGCAGCAGCAUAAAGGAAACCUCUGCCCCAUGCUGGUUAUUUUCCCAUUUCAUCAUUAUCAUUAUUCAACCUCUGUGCAGAAAUACAGCCAUCAAUAUCUGUCGAAAGGUUCUCAUUCUGCCUCAUCCUUAGGUCUCACUUGACAUGAUGACCUCAUUUGAACUUCUGACAAGACCUGUAAUUUGCAGAGUAAGCACUUCAGUUUUCAUCACCUGGCAUCUGCACAAACUCACGACAAGUCUGGACUGCAGGAUUUUUAUCUUUAUGAAUUCAUUUUUGAUGGUGUAACUAAAAAUACAAUUACACUGCAGAAUAGCUGUAAAAAAGAAUGCGUGUUUUUUUUAUUUUUUUUUAUUAAGAUACAUACAAAUUACUCGAAGAGUACAUACGAGCACACAACACUUCUGUUUUUGUACUAAAGUCUAACUUUGGAAAAGCAAAAUCAGAAAAUAAAAUAACUAAGUAAAAACAUGUCCCUGCAGUCACACACCUCUGAUUUUAAAACACUUACUACCUCUAAGCUGCAGUGGCGUUAGCGCUGCAGGCUCAGAUAUGACUGAUAAUAAUGUUUCAAGGCUGGUGUCACUGCAGUGCAUCAACAGACGUCUGAACUCUUGCCCUGCAGUUCCUUUCACAAAAAAAAAAAAGAAAAGAGAAAAAGAAGAAGAAACAUGAUACAUCACUCUCAUCCUCAA